AGCAAGUUGAUCUAUUUGCCUAUUUAAGAAGAUUUAGCUACACAUUAGACCUUGUCUUUCACUAAAUUAUCACACAUUAGUUACCACUCAUUUUCUUCAUCAUCCAACGCCUCAAUAUUUACGUAAGGUAACAAGAAAAAAAUGAAGUUGCUGGCAGCACCAUUAUCGGUUAUUAUAUGGUGGUGCAUGAUGGUGAUGAUGGCGGUUGUUCCACCGUUAACAACGGCGCAAGACAGAGAAACCCUAUCCUACAGCACUGUAACAUUUGAACUAACAAACGGUGUUACAGGCUACUCAAGUUUUCUAACAAGAUUGCGCAAUCGAGUAGAAGCCCCAACUAGGGCUUGCACCUUACAAUCAACUCGAAACCCCCCUUUAACAGGAGCCGAAUAUGUCUUAGUAGACCUCAAAAUUAGUAACACGCAAUGGGUGACCUUAGGAAUAGAUGCCAAAGAUUUAUAUGUAUGGGCUUAUCAAGACAACGUCAAAUACAAUGGAAAGUACCGAGCCAAUUUCCUUAGUGACGCUCCUCAGGCUGCUAAGGACCGCCUUUUCCCAGGAUCAACUAAAAGAACCACUAGAUUUGGAGGUAACUAUAACAGCCUAGAGCCAGCUGCUGGUACAACUCGAAAGAACCUUGUACUAGGAAUACAAAACCUAGACGGGGCCAUUAGAAAUGUGUACAAUAAACAAGAGAGUGAACUAAACAAGGGCACGAAUGAGGCUAGGUUUUUUCUUAUCGCGAUCCAAAUGGUUCCAGAGGCAGCACGGUUCAAAUUUAUGGAGCAAGCAAUAGUUAGGGGGGAUAAUUCCGAUUCCUUCAAAAAGAAAAUGGUGGCUUUUCAGAAUGAUUGGGAUCCGAUUUCUCAAGCUAUACAUAAAGCAGAAGCAGCAACACCUAAAUGUGUUACUAUUACACCAACUCUUAUAAUAAGUAACGUUGAUUACCGGCAGGAGGUGAAUAGAGUAGACGAAAUAAAAAACGACAUGGGGCUCCUCAAGUACAAGUCUAGCACCCUUAGUGUUAUCGGAAGCUCGAUUUUGGACGAUGAUAUAUAGUCGGAGUCUUGCAAUCUGCACUUGUGUAAUGUUAAAAUGGCUGCCUUCCUUAGCUUAUAAUAACACUUCAAAAUAAUAAUAAUGCUCUAAUCUUGUACAUAUUAUGGCUUCAUUAGCCAACUUUAGAGACAAUUAAUUAAGCAUGUAUCGUACCUCUACUACUCCAUCCGUAGCUUCUUACGGAGUAUAUGAAUAAAUAAUCAUGCGUGUACUUGUAUCAAUGUACCAAUAACCAAGAUCCAUGUAAUGUUAAGCCUCAUUGUCGUUGCCUAAAAA